AUGGCUGCGCUCACAGCCCCACGGCCCCGCCUGGCCACGGCCCCGACACUUCUGCUCCUGCUCACGCCUCUCACCGCCGCCUCGCCUGCCAACACCUGCUGGACCCACCACCACACCUUCCCCUGGCAACAACUCCAGCUCCUCCACGACAUGGCUCCCAACUCCACACACACCUGUCAACUCCACAACCAGCCCUUCUUCCCAGACACCCUCCGCCACACCAACCUCAACCCGCAGCAAGCCGCCGCCGCCGCCCUCCGCAUCCUCCACCACCUCUUCCACACCCUCAGCACCAACAGCACCUCCCAGCACUGGCACACCCAGCCACGCCAACGCCUCCUCAACCAGCUCCACCACUACAUCCACCGCCUCCAGCGCUGCCGCCCCGACAGCGCACGCCUCUUCAAAGGACCCCGCAACCCCCUCACCACCAUCAACAAGUACUUCAGCGACAUCCACCUCUUCCUCCACGCCUACAACCACAGCGCCUGCGCCUGGGAGCACGUCCGCCUCGAAGCUCUCACCUGCUUCCAACACCUCGACGUGCUCCUACGCCGAAUGAAGCAUCAAGGUGCUGGGGACCUCACUAAACCCACCGACAGCCAACACCCAUCCCCAGACAGCGCCAGUGCCCACAGAUGGAGAGAUGGCAGCAGCAGCAGCCCAGGAUGGGAUCGCUCGGCUCCGCUCACGCCACCUCCAGCCACAAUGCUGAGCUGA